AUGAUUUUUUUCCUGCUGCCUCACAUAAUAAACGCGAGGCAGCAGAGACUGAAGUUUCCAGGAACAACACGGUAUUUCAAUAAAACUGGUUUUCAGGUUCGAUUUUUACCUUUAUUAGCUGAAACAAAAUUUAAUUGUUCCUACGACAUUCUUGAGUCUCUUGAUUACUCCACAGCAUUCUACCUUUCAGAAAAUUACAGAAAUUCAAUACAAUUUGACCCAAUAGAUCAAGAAGAAAAUGUGAAAUUCGUAAAUCCGCCAUUUGUCAACGGACUAAACAUACAUCAAUGGCAGUUAACGCCGAUAAAUAUAUCAAUAUUCAAUUUAAAUCCACACAAACUAGAAGUUUUUUCAGAUUCCAAAGAUAUUUAUUUCGAAAAAAUUACACAGUUCGAUAAAAUUCAUACGUCAUCAUCGACACUAAUUUCUUAUUUGAUACCAUCAAAAAUUGGCCACUUUUCCUGUUCAAUAUUUCUAAAAACACCUGACCAAUUAAUAAAGAUACCAGUUACAUACAGAUCAUAUACUUCUCAUAUAAGGGAAGUCCAACAAGAUCAUUUUUUUCGAAUUUCACGUACAAAUUUAUUCAUAAAAUUUGAUAUCGAAGGGACUCCUAACCAAUCAAUAGUUUUCGACAAUGCAUUGUUCAAUAUUGAAUUAACGCGCAUCUCUCAAUACAGAAUACAGCUUUGUUUUUCAAAUCUCGACAAAGGAGAUUAUCAAACGUUUUUAAACUAUUUUAUCAAAGGAUUUCACUACACAAUUCCAUUAUAUAUCCAUAUCCUUGAGAAUGCAGUUGCAUCUGUUAAUGAUUCUAUUCAUUUCGAAAAUGAUAAUAAUAAUUCACAAGAAAACAAGAUUAUUCAGAUAUACAAUGGGUACCGAGAUACAGCAUCUAUCACACAGUUCCAUAUCAACAACCUUUCAAAUUAUUUUGAAAUUACACAAAUAAAUUCACGUGUUGAAAGUGGAAACACAGUAGAUGCAAUCAAUAUCAGAAAUACUAAACAUGUUCAAUAUGAUUUCAGUACAUUUGUUUCACUUACACUUACAAUUAAUCAGAAAUUCAGUAAAACAUUGAUAAUUCCAAUCCAUUACAAAUAUCAUUCGAAACAAAUUGAUAUUUCAUAUGAAGAAAUUGAUGAAAUAGAUGAUAUUUUUGUUAAACGUGUUUCUGUUCGUAAUGUUAACAAAGAGAGAAUUUUUGUAUCAGGGAUUUCAGUUGUUGGUCAUUUAUUCAGUGUUUCUGAGUUUACGCCAUCAUUUGUUUCAUUUGAUGAGAAUAUUUCAUUUUUGUUGGUUUUAGAACGAGAAAUUCCUAGAUCACAAUUAGAUGUUUCGUUUUUUGUUCAUUUCGACGGUAUUAAAGUUAAGAAGAGCAUCAAUUUCUAUCAAGGAAAAUGCACAAUCUUCAACAAUCUUCUUUGUUUCGAGAAAGUUCCAAUGAAUUGCACUGUUUCUACUAAUUUUUCAAUUCGAAAUGAAAACAACUUUUUAAUUACUCUUGAACAUGUUGUUUGUGAUCGAUUUUUAUCUGUUGAAUGCGAUACACCUAUAUGUAUCAAUCCACAUGAAACAGCUGUUGUUCCUAUAAAUAUUUCGUUCGAUAUUGAAGAUGAAAAUCAACAUCAAAAUUCUAUUUCGUUGAUUACAAAUUUUGAUGUUUAUUAUUUAUUUGUUAAUUUCACAGGUGUUUUAGGCGAUUUCAUUAUUUCUAGUACAUUUGAUGACCAACUUAUUUUAGGUAAUUCUUAUUCAGGUUUCAUACAAAUCAUACAAAACACUAAUUAUGCCUUUUCACUUUCCAAUAUUUCAUCUAAUCAUUUUAUUAAUACAAGUUUUCCAAUUUCAAUAAAAUCGAAAACAAAAAUUUCUGUUUGUGAUAUUGAUUUUUGUUUAGACAAAUCAUUCUUCCCAGAAUUCUACUCCAUGAUCAGCAACAUGACUGAUUUCGACAGUCUUCGUCGAUCAUGGUCAGGCACUUUCCGUGACAACAGUCAUUUUGUUCUUUCAGUUGUUUUUUAUUUCGAAAACAUUUUCAUUCAAAAUCAAUGUUGUUGUUUUUCCAACAGUGAGUGUCGAACUGUUGAAUACGCAUCCACGGAUUUCGACAUCACAUUCAGUUUCAUUGAAGAAUUUCUUUGA